GGCAACCAACCAACACGGUUACAGACAACAAUAUCAAUAGUAACACUAGCAACAAUGCCUGAGGCAAGAAUUGAGAGAGUUCCCAUCCUUCGCAAUGGUGGUCGUGGCAGAGGCCGCGGCCGCCGCAACUCCAAUGGCGGCAACACCAGCGCCAACCGGAACAACAACCAGCGCGAAGAUGAUGGCUCCCCCAGCAGGAAACGAACUGCCUUUGAUCCAUCCGCGAUCAAUCUUCAGACAUACCAAUCCGAUGCAACACAAAAGGAAUCACGAGUGGCCCCACUACAAGCCGCCCUGAAUUUCCUACAUGGCACCACUGCGACGCUCCAUGAGGCAUACCACCGUACCGUCAACAAAGUAGGAGAGGAAUUUAUCAAAGCCUUUGCGGCACACCAGCGCAACAAGGACACUCUCGACGGUAUGAUUGAUGGCAACAACCAAAACGGGGAAUUGACCCCGUCCGGAUUCCGAAAUCAUCAAUAUCAAAUUCGAACUGAAAGGCUGGCAACCCAGCAGCGCGCUUUGUAG